AUGGCCAUCCCCAAUGCUGCAUUGCAAAAGUUGCUUCAAGAAGUCGAGACUCAAGCGCUGCUCUCCCAACAGAAAAUCACGCAAACGCAGGCAGAACUCAGUGCCAAACGGCGAGAUGCCCGACUGAAUCAACUGACGUCCAAUGAGCUGAAAUCCCUGUCCCCUGACACCAAUGUCUACGAAGGUGUCGGAAAAAUGUUCAUUGCUGUUGCCCCAUCGACUUUGAACAAGCGUCUGGCGUCUGAGGCAACCGCCCUCAGCAAGGAUAUCACGGAGUUGGAGAAGAGGCUGCAUUACCAGGAGACGACGUAUAAGAACAGUCGGCAGCACAUUGAGAAGAUCUUGCAGACUGGUGGUCGGCAGUGA